AUGCACUUGAUUUCCAGGAAACGAACGUCCUCUAAUGUAUGUAUCAAAAUAGAUGGUGUGAAAGCAUUCACUUUGAAAGAGUUGACUCACGCCACUAACAAAUUUGAUAUCUCGACUAAAGUUAGGGAAGGAGGUUAUGGAAAUGUCUAUAAGGGCAUUUUAUCUGAUGAAACAUUUGUUGCCGUUAAGCGAGCAGGAGAAAAUUCAUUACAAGGACAAAAAGAGUUCUUGACUGAGAUUGAGCUUUUAUCGAGGUUACAUCAUCGAAAUCUUGUCUCUCUAUUAGGCUACUGUAGCGAAGAAGGAGAGCAGAUGCUGAUUUAUGAAUUCAUGCCCAACGGCACACUAAGGGAAUGGAUUUCUGAAACAAAUCCGCAUGUAUCUUUCGAGAAGUGCUUAUAAAACUACCUAUUCCAAAGCUGUUUGUAUUCAAACCGGCAUGCGAGGAAUGACUGCUAGAAAUGAACUUCGAUUCAGGAAGCGGACCCUAAGAAGACUGCGGCUAGC